AUGUCCAAUCAACACAUGUAUGAUGGUUGGUCGUAUGAGCGGCUGCGGCAACAGCGGAAUCGUGCACAUUUCCUGCUGGAGGAUCCGUACCGUUUUGUUACUGUCUUGUUGCAUAAUGAUCGGCUGUACGCCAUAGACAGUCCGUGUUAUCACAGCUCUGGACCACUCGGCGAAGGUGAAGUAAUGGACAUUGAAGAUACCUUCUCUGCAGGGAAGGUGGCAUGUCUGCGGUGUCCAUGGCAUAAUUUCCUUGUUUCCAUUGAAACCGGAGAGGAAAUAGAAGUAGAGCCAAUAGUGACAAGUGAUAAAAGUAAAGGGGAUGGGAAUGUACAUAGUGGUGGUGAUAAUGCCGUGCAGGAAAUGGAAAUGCCAACCUAUCCACUACGGCCGCAUUGGGAAACAACAACAGCAACAACUAGUGGUAGUGGUAGUGGAGGAGGAGGAGGAUUGCGAGUAACCCGUGGGAUUGUGGUGCAGCGCACACAUAAAGUCUGGCUUGAUGAGUCGACUGGAAUAUUAACAAUUGAAGUGGAGGAUGAGAAGGCGAUGCGGCGGCGGCCAGUGGCUUCCGACCGGGUGGCGGGGGAUCUGCAGAGCGGGGCUCUCACCAUGCAGGUGUUUGAUAUUAAACGGCGUAAGCAAGAUGAGUGA